AAAAAAAAAAAAAAAGAAAAGAAAAGAAAAAAGACCGAGCCCACACAAAACAGAGUCGUGCCAUUAGUAAGUGAGAACCAGUCAUGAGGGACCAUUUAUAUCUUUUCUUGAUGAUUCAAUUUAGUACUGGCUGUAUUCUUUCAGAUGAGCAGCAGACAAUAGAAAUAACAGGAUACACAGGUGGAUCAGUGGUGCUGCCCUGCUCCUGCGCUCAUCCUCAGGCUACAGUCAACAGAUUCACAUGGCUGUUUUAUGGCAAUGGUAAACAAUGGAUUCCAGUAUUUGAGGAUGAGGAGUUCAGCGGCAGACGUGUGCUGUUUAAUAAAAGUUCUCCACAAAAUCUGUCUCUUCUCAUUUCUGACCUCAGAAAGGAAAAUCAAGGGUUCUAUAAGUGUAAGACUGAACACGAUUCUAUUACUAUAACCAUUCUGUUAACAGUGAAGGGCUGUAAAUUGGUUCAGAACACAAAGACAACGAUUGUGGUAACAGGAUAUGCAGGAGAGUCUGUGGUUCUGCCCUGCUCAUGCUCUGAACUACUGGCUAAACCUGAACAGAUACGAUGGAUGUAUAUUGUAGGAAAAGCUUAUAAGGAAAUUUACCCAAAUGAAAAGAUUGAGAGGCACAAGAACAGAGUCAAACUGUUGAAUCAAACAUCUCCAGGAAAUCUUUCUCUACACAUAUCAGCACUGACCGCAGAGGACGAAGGAGACUAUGUUUGUUCUGUCUCGUCUCAAACAGUCUACUCCAGACUUCAUGUUGAAGUUAUUCUCAGGACAGAGAAACCACACAUCCAUACAGUUACUCUCGGGACAGAGAAACCACACAUCCACACAUCCAUCAGUUUAUCAACACUUCAACAACAAACACCAGAACUUGAACCACCUCAACAACCCCACGACACACCUCAAUAUAUUUUCAUUUUGUUGGGGGUGAUUCUCUCAGUGCUAUUACUGGCAUUACUGGCAUUUAUCUACUGGAGAUUCAGAGGAGGCAGAAAUGUGAAAACGGUGAUCAGGGAUGAAGAAGAACUAAAUAGAGAACAAGACAAUCAGGAUGACGUGACGUAUUCUGCUGUAGUCCAUGUUAAAACUGCCGCCACACCAGCUCACAUAGAGAGUGACCCAGCAGAGCACACUGAGUACGCCCCAAUCAAAGUUAAACGCUAAAUGUCAAGAAAGAAUAUAGUCAAUUUAAUGGUGAGCAUUUUAAAGAGAUUGAAACAACCAUGUACAUUUUAUUAUUGAGGGUUUUGUGUAACCUCAGGUUAAGGAAGAAAACCUGUUCAUUGUUUGGAGGACCUUUCAAAAUGAUUGUAUUUCAAAGCAGGACUAGAAAAUUAAGGAGUUGCAUGUUUCUAGUUUCAGAAAGCUGAGCACUAAUAGAGGAACAAGAAAUGAGUCACACCGUGUGCAUGUGCUUUCACCAGAUGAUCUCAUAGUGUGACUCAGUUCUCCCAAACCAUAGUGUCGGAUUUAACAGUUGGCAUAUUCAAUGUUUAAAUUUGCCAUGAAAUGAUUAUUGAUUUCAUAGUGAAAAAUUCAUCCAUAUGUUUCAUAUUUUAAAACUUUUUUCCUAAAAUUUAAAUUCAAGAUUUCUUAACUUUGUCUUAACUUCUUCUAAUGAAAACAAUAGAAUUAUCUCUGGUAAGAACUUCUUUGUUUCACUCUUUCAUAAGAUGAAUAAGUGACUUUUUUUUACAUUUAUUAUUAGUAUGGUAUUAUUACUAAUAUGUUUUUACUGACAGAAACAGAGUUACUGUCCAAAGGGGGAAAAAUUAUAUUAUAAUAAAAGUAAUAAUAGUAUUUAUCCAUGUGAUUAUUUGAUGAGCUGUGAUAUUGAGGUUUAACAGAAGGGAAGAGCAUAUUUGUCUUUUUUUGGUUUGGUUUUGUAUUUUUGUUUUAUCACUUGCUCUAAGAAUUAUGCACUGAUUGCUGUGUGGUUUGUCUCUUCUGUUAAAGUGGACUUAUACUAGUCUCAUAGUAACUGUGGGUAAAUAACUGGUAAACUGUUUAAGAGGUUCUUUUUUUAAGUACAUGUCAGAGUUAAUGAUUUUUGUGGAAUAAAUUUGUACUAUUUUUAUACCCACACUUGCGGUCUUUGCACUUGACCACUUGUUUACAUGACGUAUUUCCUGUAUUUGGCUCAAGUGUUCAAGUGGGUGUGAAGACCGCAAGUGUGUGUAGAACUUUUGAUUGCCCGAUGGGACACACUUAUAGUCUUGCAAAAAAUGCAAGUGUUUACAGCUUUUAUUAUUACUUUCUUUAGUACUUUGCAUUUUAAAAUACACUUCUAAAUGUCUGUUCAGUGGUCAUUAUGCAACUAACAGAAGACACUAUUUUAAAAUGGUGGUGCUUCCUUAAGUGAUAAAAAGCAGUUGUAAAUGUUGUACAAAAUACACACAGCCCACUCAUCUUUGCAUCAAUAAAAUGCAUGAUAAUUUAUAUUUUACUACUUUAUUAUAUGUAAUAUAUAAUUAACUUACAGUCAAAUGUUUUCCAUGACAUCUCACGAUUUCAGGGCAUGUGAAUUCCCAAACAUAGUGCAUGAUGGGAUAUGCUAGCCUCGAAUACUGCUCAGAAGCGGUAUUCAAGAUAGUGUGGGUUUAGUGUGCAUUAAGGGCACUGCACUUGGGCAUGUUUAAGACAUUGAACAGUCUUGCGCACUUACUUCCUGUUGCGUGCACGGGCUCUCAAGUGGCCGAGACCGCAAGUGUGGGUGUUUGGACAUGGCUUCUGUCUUUAAUCCCAUCAGAACCAGCAGGGUCCUUCAUAUUAUUGUAUUUCCUUUUGGUUGAAUUCUCUUUUUGGGUGUAUUUAUUUUAUUUUUCCUGGGUAGAGAAAUAACCUAGGUGUAGUCAGGGGUUUCUUUUUCUACUUUUAACCAAAGGUUACAUAUACAUCAUUAUAAUUGCACUGAAAAUUACAACAAAUAAAGUAUGUUGAUAUAUACA